CUGGAAUCAAGAUGACGACAGCUGCGCCACUGGGAAAUAAUACCCUGUCUCCAACAAAUGUGACCACAAAGUCUCAAGAAGAAAUUCUUUAUCAGAGUUCCGGAGCAAUCGUAGCUGCCAUCGUAGUUGGAGUGAUUAUUAUAUUCACAGUGGUUCUGCUCAUGUUGAAAAUGUAUAACAGACACAUGAGGGCAAAACGAGAGCUGGAACCCACAAGCACCAAAGCCAAGACUCCUCCUACUUUCGGACAGAACAGUACCAAUGCUAACCAACCCACAACAGUAACCAUCAUACCAGUGGACAUCCAUAUGCAGAACAGAUGACUGUGGAUGUUGGCCCUACCUAAGAGAGAUCACUCUCCUUGAAGAAUGAGACAUGACAACCAGACUCUUUAUUCACGUAGACCUGUGACUCUUUACCAGAGGAGAAUUGGCACUGGAAUAGUGACUACGCGUGGAGUUGAAACCAAGGAUUAUGUGGGUAACUGGCCACAUUUUCUUUUAGUAGAAGGAAAAAAUAAAAUGCUGAGCACCUUUGUAUGGCUGAUCUAACAAUGUGAUGGCAUCAUAUCAGCAGGAACAUGAAGAGUCUUAUUUUCUCUGUAGAAGUUAAGUGGCAACAAAUGGCAAAAAUACCCUUUAGAUGGGUCAAAAGAUGCACACGCCUGUAUUCACAGUGUCCUUGAUUAGUCAUGAGCAGUUUGGUGAGCUUUCUUUUCCUCUCCUGCAGUGAUCUUUCAUCUUCAUCACUAUUGAUCUGGAUGUAAAAGCUACAACUAUGCUUCAUUCUUGGAUUUGUUAUGCUUGUAUAUUUUUAUUUUUAUUUUAAGCAUGAGGAAUAACACGUGAAGUAACCAAACUGUAUUCCGACUUCACUGGCCUUUCUGAUUCCCAAUCAGAUACAUACACAUGGAUUCAGAUAAAACAAGGUCUGAACGUGAUAUGCUUUUU